GUAUUCUGAAAAUCUUUAGCAAAAACAUCCAAAACGUGUCGCGCGUAAAUUGUUGUCCGACGAUGAUGCGCGAUCGUUUUCAAUCGCUGUCUUUAUUAUAACGCCGACUGCGAUGCACGGUGUCAUUAAGCAACCAGAACACGAACGCUGUCGUUUGCAGUGUGAGAUCUGAAAUAAUCUAGCGUUGCAUGUGAAGCAAAUGUAUCAGAAAUCCACCGAGUAGCGUUCGGCAUCACAACCGUAGGAUUUAAGCGACGCGUCAAUGUAAAUUUGAGGAUUUUUAUGGUAAAUUUCGGACACUACCCCUAUCGCACAUAGACUGAAACGUCAUCAACAUUUUCCUGUAUUUAAAUGGUUGAGAGAGAGGAGGUCAUUGCUGAAAUAAGGAAGAACGCCGGGUAUUAAAAGAAACUGAGGGAAUUACACACAAGUGAAGAUUUACUCCAUUAGGCUACAUAAAUGGGGGAUUACGGCUUCCUGGUUAAAAACAACGCUGCAAACAAAUCCGUUUUUCCGGUAAGAAUUCAUCCACACCUGCAGCAUCCGGUUCACCACCAGACAGCACCUCCAAGCCCCCCGGCUUUCAUCAGCAACAACAGCACUACCAAUGGUGGAAGUGUUGGGUCUGCUUGGCUUUUCCCAGCUGUGACGACCCACUCUAACAUGCAAGAUGAUAUUUUGGAGUCCGAGACGUCCAAGGCUCCGCAGCCGCAACAAGAGAGUCAAGAAGGACAAGAUAAGCAGGCGCUCUCUCCGCCAGGUCACCAAGAAGCACCGGGAAUCAUAUCGGAGUUGGACAACACCAUGCCAGAGGAGAACCAGCUGGAGAAAGGGACCAUGGAGAACGCCAACGGGAAAGAGGCGCUGCGGCUCGAAUCUCCAGUGUUAUCAGGGUUUGACUAUCAGGAGACGUCCGGUAUUGGUACUUUAGCACAGUCUAGUAGCUCUUCUUCGUCGUCCCUUACUGGCUUCAGCAGCUGGUCCACUGCUAUACCCCCCAACCCUUCCACCUUGAUCGAAGAGGUUGGCUUUUUCAAUCAGGCUGCUACUACUAACAAUGCUCCUCCGCUGCUAUUUCAAAGUUUCUCUCAUCACACCAGUACAGGAUUCGGGGGGAACUUCUCCCACCAGAUAGGGCCUCUGUCUCAGCACCAUCCAUCUCCUCAUCCUCACUUCCAGCACCCUCAUAAUCAACACCGCAGGUCCUCGGCCAGCCCCCAUCCACCUCCCUUCUCCCACCGCAGUGCUGCUUUCAACCAAUUGCCCCAUUUGGGGAACAACCUAAGCAAGCCUCCUUCCCCUUGGGGGAGCUAUCAGAGCCCCUCGUCCACCCCAUCUUCUACUUCAUGGAGCCCAGGUGGAGGGUAUGGAGGCUGGGGAAGCUCUCAGGGACGGGAGUAUCGCCGAGGGCUGAACGGAGGGGUCAAUCCCCUCAACUCGAUCUCUCCUUUAAAGAAGUCUUUCCCAAAUAACCAAACCCCAACGCAGAAGUAUCCACGCAACAACUCUGGCUUCAACACUAAACCCUGGAUGGAGGAUACCAUAAACCGCAAUGACAGCAUCUUUCCCUUUCAGGAGCGCAGUCGGUCCUUUGAUGGUUUCAGCAUGCACUCUCUAGAGAACUCUCUGAUCGACAUCAUGAGAGCUGAGCAGGAUUCCUUGAAAGCGAGGAAUUACGGGAGACGACGAGGUCACUCAUCGUUGUUUCCCAUGGAGGAUGAGCGGACUUACGGAGAGGAUGAGAGGUCUGAUCAGAGUCUGAGUGGACUGGGCUCACCACACAGUUUCCCUCACCAAAAUGGCGACCGCAUUGAGCGCUUUUCUCGCAAGGUCUUUGUUGGUGGUCUACCUCCAGAUAUAGAUGAAGAUGAGAUCACUGCCAGUUUCCGACGCUUUGGACAUUUGUUUGUGGACUGGCCUCACAAAGCAGAAAGCAAAUCAUAUUUUCCACCGAAAGGUUAUGCGUUCCUUCUGUUUCAAGACGAGAGCUCGGUCCAGGCACUGAUCGACGCUUGUAUGGAAGAGGAUGGGAAGCUCUAUCUCUGUGUCUCUAGCCCUACAAUCAAAGACAAGCCAGUCCAGAUACGACCCUGGAAUUUGAACGACAGUGACUUUGUGAUGGAUGGCUCUCAGCCCCUUGACCCCAGAAAAACAAUCUUUGUUGGGGGAGUUCCACGACCUCUACGAGCUGUGGAGCUCGCAAUGAUUAUGGACAGACUGUACGGCGGGGUGUGCUAUGCUGGCAUUGACACUGACCCUGAGCUGAAGUAUCCUAAAGGGGCUGGACGGGUGGCCUUCUCCAAUCAGCAGAGCUACAUUGCUGCUAUCAGCGCUCGCUUUGUGCAACUGCAACACGGAGAGAUCGAUAAACGGGUGGAAGUGAAGCCAUAUGUACUGGAUGACCAGCUGUGUGAUGAGUGUCAGGGCACGCGUUGUGGGGGCAAGUUCGCUCCGUUCUUCUGUGCUAAUGUCACUUGUCUUCAGUACUACUGUGAAUACUGCUGGGCAGCCAUUCACUCGCGUGCCGGACGGGAGUUUCACAAGCCUCUAGUGAAGGAGGGAGGAGACCGGCCUCGCCACAUCUCCUUCCGCUGGAACUGAUCGGGAGGUCAAGGCUGUGCUAUUCAUAUACAUGCACUUUUCAUUUUGCUAAGUCCUUUUUAUUUAGAGUUCUUUUUUAAGUCUGAAAUUGUAUUUAUUCUUAAGUUUUUAAUUUUUUUUUUUGCAGAAGAGAAUGCUAAAAGAAAAUGGUGUAAUCCUGAUUUUUGUUGAAAAGCUACAUUGGUGCGCAUGAAGACUUGAAUGCAUUAGAUUUAAAAAAAAAUAUAGAUGUUUAGCCUGACUUGACUCUGAAUUACUGUUCUAUCUUUUAUUCUCUCGGAGCCUCAUCUUUUGUUUGUAAUGGGUCACAUUUUCACUUUAAACUGUUGAAGGCUACACACAAAGAGGCUGGAAAUGUAAGGGUUCGAGCCUCGUUCAUAUGACUUUAAUGUUGAGGAUUGCUCUUUCAGUGAUUAAUCUUAAAUGGCUGCAUGGCAAAUGUGGAUUCACAGUUACUCCUUCAACAAAACGACAACACAGUAACAACUAACAAGAGACCACAAGCUAUUGUAUGAAUGACUUAAAAUGACAUUUUUAAGGGUUCGUUCUGGAAUGGAUUACAUGGACUGGUUCUAACAUUUAAGGCAAAUCUUUGUGAUUUAAGUGGAAAAAAGAUUUAUGAUAUUAAAAUCCUUUAGAGGUUCUCAUUCUAACAAUGCUCAGACACUGUAAGAUUACUAUUUAACUGCAUCCAAGUUACCUAUAACUUAAUCAAGCGUAAGAUCUGAGGCAAGGCUAACGGACAACAACAACUAAGAACAGCAGUGAUGCAGGAUGUGACUGUUUGUCAUGCUUGAUGCACAGUUUUUAGGUCAGGCAAACCAAAGCUGAGCCUUAGAGAUGUCCUACUGUCUGUGAUACAAUGAAGAUUAUAUAUAAAUAUAUAUGAUAGAAAGCUUAAAUUUAAUUGGUUUGAUGGGUUAAAAAAUAACAAUCUAUUAACUUAAGUAUUUAUAAUUCUUGUAAUGGUUAUGGCAGUAACUUUGGCUCAUUUGUCAGGGAUUUUGUGCUAAAAGCUAACUCAUUGUUGUAGUAUUUGCUAAUGAGAAAUUACCAUGUGUUGCAUUGAUAGUGUUUUACUGCAUGGGUUUUGCCAUGGGUUAAUUGGUGUUCUAACCGAGCAUUGCAGUAGCUGAGCACAUUUCAAAGAAUUUGAAAAACAAAUAUUAUUUUUUACAUGGUCUGCUGAUUUUUGUACUGUGUUUUAUAGCUAAUUAUUUUGUCAUGGACGUAAAACCAUUAUGCACUACUUUUCUAAAUAUUGUUUUUCAAGUCACUUUUUUCCACAAAUGGAAAGUCCUUUUGUGAUAACUUUUCUUUUUUUCACUUGUUGAAUAUAGAUUUUGUACCUUUUGUUACUGAGAGAUCUGGUUAUAACGCAGGCAUACCUUAAGGAAAAGAAAAAAAGCUAAUAUAAUUUUGUUUAGGUUUUUAUGUAUUUAUGUGCUGAAAUCCCUAGAUUGUCACAUAUAUAUUUAGGUGACUGUAUUGUUGAAACUAAUAUCUAAUAUUUGCAAAAUGCAAACAGUGUUCUGUUCUGUCUCAAUGGACAAAGUAAAUAUUGAAUCUAGCAUGACACAAAUUCCUUAAAAUGUGUGGUACAUGUAGAAAUAUAUACCUACCCACUAUCAGUUAUGAGAAUGAUGAUACCUCCCUCAUUAUUGGCUGUAGAAAAUAAAAUAAUUAACACUGUAAAUUAGAGUAAUGUUAGGAUGCACCUUGUAUCACAAUGAUGAAUGUUCCAUAUUGAAAUAUCAAUGUUUACUGUUAUGUAUAAUUCUGAGAGGCAACAAGGUUCAUUUAUUCAUUAGGUACGCAUGAGCUAAAUGAAUAAGUUAGGGUUUAAUUCUUUUCAGUUGCUUUAAUAGUACUUUUGUUUCAACCCUUUUCCCAAACUCUCAGUUAUAUGUACCUUGCCCAUGCACAAAGUGUGUGCAUACCCCACUGUACCGUGUUUACUAGUUGACAAAAAGAAGCAUACGAGAGGGCGAUUAGUCGCAUAUUGAUUCAGGGUUUACUUGAAUACGCUUUCAAAAUAUUGACAGUGAGAUCUGUGCAAUACUUUCUCCCAGAGACCUUUACAGUGUACUUCUAAUAUAACCAUUACUUUCAACGUGUCUCACCUCACAAACUCUCCUUCAGCCAUUAUAACCUUUAACAUUCUCUGAUUUAUAUAUUAAAAAAAAAAUACCACUGAAAUUAUAGGUGUUUUCACUUUUAUGUAUUCACAUAUUUUCCUACUUGAGUUCAUGCUACUGUGAUUACAAACAAUGUAAAUAUUAAGUGAAUAAUGUUUUAACCAUUUACUGAUAUAUUUUUAAUUGGAAUGUAAUAAUUGUCAUUUCGAUUAUAGUUUUUGAUCAGUACACUUAUUAGAUUUUCUAGUUUUAAUAAUCACUAUAUUGUGCUUCAUGUCUACAGAAGGAUAAGAAAAAAUAUCAGAAAAUUCUCUAUGUAACUGCUUAUUUAAAUUUACAUAGUUUAUAACUGUGUAUGGGAAGGUGUAUUUAUCAAUAGAUUUUUAUAAGAGGAAUAAUUUUUUUGCUAUGUCAUUUCUAAGUUUUAAUUUUUAUAUUUUAAAUCCAUUUGGAGUUAUGUAAAGAAAAAUAUCAUUUUAUAGUUGGGUUAGUCAUACAUGUGCUUUGGUAGUUGAGUCUUGAUUAUUUGCAGUUAAAUAUUUAUAACAGAAUGCUUAAAGUAUUUGUAAUGUGAAAUGUUGAAUGAAUAAACUUGAUUGCAGGAAA